AUGUCCAAGCGUGCACACUCCAAGAUCUCAUCAGGUGGUGUGCUUGAUAGUAUGCUGAACUCACUAUCACGUACAAACGAGUCGACACUUACAGCAAAGAAGGCGGAAGCUCAGGUGGCCAAACUCACGGCAGGCCGUGGCCAGACAAUUACCGUGGACGAUAACUCAGUCGCACCUGAUGCUGCAAUUGCUCAGUUUCUGCUUGAUAUGCGCGCAAUGAUUGAUGAAAAAGGAUUUGGUGCUAACGUGGAGGUGGAGCUACGGCUUGGCCGCAUCAUGUCGUGUCUGCAAGAGGCGCGUUGCCGCCCGUCCCAGGAGGGAGUGGACGCGGCCAUCGCACUGUCGGACACGCAGAUGAAGGCCGUGGGUGCCAAGUUUUCUCCAGGUGUGACUGAGAUGGACUAUAAGGGAUUUAUGCGCGGUGUGGAAGGUAUGCUAAGAGGAGAUGCGUACUCAGAGCACAAGGAGAAGCAGGUAGUGCACAACAUGGCGCAGUCGAAGCGCUUGGUGCAGGAUGUGGACCCGCAGACUAGUAUGAGAGGUAAAUGCAUGGUUCAGAUAAAGGAGCGGCUGGGCUCUAUUGACAUCUUCAUGCCACACUGCCAAUAUGAUUGUCGCGUGUCCAUCUCGUGUGAGUUCCCUUUGCGCGAGUUGGAGGGAGACAUGAGUGAGAUGCCGGCAGCUGAAAGUAUCCGUCACAAAGAUCGCGUGUCGGCUGUUGGACGCGAUUUACGUGUGGACCUUACCAAGGUGUUGGAUGAAAGCACGAACAAAAAGUCAUUUGAGGUCGAGGUAGAGUUAAGCGAGCCGGCUGUGAAUGGAUGGCUCAGUCAGCCCGACGAAAAUGGGCAGAGCUGGAAGAGUGCAGUUGAAACGUCGUCGCUGCUAUGGAAGAUGGUAAAAUACUUUAUGCCUAGUUCGGGACAGGCAUUUAAAUGUCAUUGGGACUUUCCAGGUGCAACGGAAGUGCAAAAUGCCUAUCAAGGGCGUUUGGGGAUUCGUGGCAAGUUUAGUGGAACGAUGCCCGUGGGCUUUGCACGCUGGCAUAUUCCCCUUGUGCAAAGUCGCGAGUAUUUCGUUUCGGAAAAGACGGAUGGCGUUCGCUACUUUCUCGUUGUGGCUGGUGGCAACACGGUGCUGGUAGAUCGCUCCAAUUCGCCUUUUGCUGCAUCAGGUUUAGACUUGCUAAAGCUGGUGUUGCCCGAAGGCACAGUGCUUGAUGGAGAGCUUGUGUUUCAUCAAAAGGAUAAGCGCUACGUGUUCAUUGCGUUUGAUAUCAUCGCAACAGGCUCAUCAGCUGAAGACUCCCACGUUGACAAACCGUUUGUUGAGCGGCUCCGAAUAUUGAACGAUUUUUUGUCGGAAGAUGGCCCCUACGCAUCGGGCAUUCGCAACCUGGACAUUACCCGUCACGCAAUUAUGCUUAUUCUGCGUAAAAAAUGGGUGCCACACCGCCAUAUUAUGGACGUUUUCCGCCAAAUUCAGCGUGUGCAGAAGCGUGACCAGAGUCUUGGUCGCAUCUACAGUGAUGACAAACGUGUGCAUUAUACCGACGGUGUUGUGUUCUGCCCGAACACUAAAUACGUGACGAACACGCACCAAGAAUAUCUGAAGUGGAAGUGGACGGAUCUCAUUACUUUAGACUUUCUGACCACGCUGAACCAGGCAGGUGAUGGUGUUCAGUUGUCAUGCGGUGGCCCCCGUAACUCUUACGUGGAGCUGGAUUCAAUCGUGCGGUUGGACCCGAAGGAUAUACCUGUGGUGCUAAAAAUCGUUAUGAGGAUGCCCAGCCGCCAAGCCGUGCUGGAAUUUGGCUUCAACGCAGACAAGGGACUUUGGAAUUACAAGUGCGCCCGCCCAGACAAGGAUUGUGCCAACUACAUUCGUACUGUUCUCGGCUCGCUUGUAAAUAUGGCCGAAAGCAUUUCCGAGGAAGAGCUGCAGUAUCGACUCACGAACCCGAAUGGCCAGGAAUGGAACAACCACAUGAAGCGCCUGCGCCGCUCGCUGUUAGAGCAGUCCAAGUAA